AUGACUGCAAAUCAGAUUAAAGGUAGCGGUUGGCCGCGAAGAGGAAGUCAAAAUGCAACUUUCGAUGCCAAAUACGUCGCAAAUCAGUCGAUUACUAUCAACAGGACAAUUAAUCUGUACCCACUCACCAACUACACCUUCGGAACUAAGGAGCCUUUAUUUGAGAAGGAUCCAUCAGUGCCUGCAAGGUUUCAAAGGAUGAGGGAUGAAUUUGAAAAGAUUGGAAUGCGAAGAAGUGUUGAAGGAGUUCUACUUGUACAUGAGCAUGGUUUACCACAUGUUUUGUUAUUACAACUGGGGACAACGUUCUUUAAAUUACCAGGAGGAGAAUUAAACCCAGGUGAAGAUGAAGUGGAAGGUCUGAAGAGGCUUCUAACAGAGACACUUGGCAGGCAAGAUGGUGUGAAGCAGGACUGGGUAAUAGAGGACACAAUAGGCAACUGGUGGAGGCCAAACUUCGAACCGCCACAGUAUCCUUAUGUCCCUCCUCACAUCACUAAGCCAAAAGAACACAAGCGGCUUUUUCUUGUCCAGUUGGCUGAGAAGGCCUUGUUUGCCGUACCUAAGAAUUACAAGCUAGUUGCUGCACCCUUGUUUGAGUUAUAUGACAAUGCACAGGGGUAUGGACCAAUAAUAUCGUCUUUACCGCAAGCUUUGUGCAGGUUCAAUUUCAUAUACAUGUGAAUUACCUUCACACUGGUAUUAAUGCUGUUGAAGAUUUUUUACCAUUGGAAUUAAAAUGGGGUCUCCGUCAGCUCCACGCAGCAGCAGAAGUGUAUAAAGACAAAAUAAUCUGUGCUGUGUAGCUUUUCAGGUACAAAAUUGUGAAAGUGGUGACAGUGGACAAGUGUUUGGUAAACAUUAAAUAAAGCAGUUUUACUGUGUUGCUUUCAUCAGUGAUAAAAGUAAUUUAUAGUGCUGCAGUUGGACUCGAGUGUAAAAAUAACUGAAACUUGCAAUAGUCUGUGCACUUUCCCUUCUAUGAUACAUAGUUUUACAUUUAUAGUGUGAAUGGCUGUACCAAGAAAAUAUUUUAAGGCUCUUGAGAUUGUCAUUACUGUGACAUUCAGAUGACAAAUCAUGUAUAUUUCACCUUCCUUAAAAACUAUAUCUUUAUUGUAUUGUGUCUCUUGUAUAUGUGAAGUGAUGAACUUGUGAGAAAGGAGGUUUUUUACACUCAUUCAAUAAAAGCUAUUAAGUUAGAA